AGUUGUCAUAGAAACAAAAAAGCUUGUAUGAGGGACACCACUCCAGCUGUCAUGAUGUUCGUGAAUGUGAGCUAAUGUUGUUGCACAUAAAGUCUCUUCUUUGUGAUGAGUAGUGAUGUCAUAUGCAACAUUCUAAGUUAGAUAGGCCAAGGACUGGAGAGACUUUCUCAGGGGUUCUCGACAGCUACUACACCAUCAUGGAGCUGACAAAGGAUAUCACUGCUGAAAAACUGCAUUUUCCACAAGAGCAGAAGAUUCUUACUGACAUGGCUGAAGUCAAGGAUCUUUCCAAUUUCAAAAUCUUUUCUGAGAAUCAACUGUUUGAAAGAGUUGAGAACCUUCUCCUUCAGAAAAUAUUAGAUGACGAUAAAGCAGCUUAUUUUCAGCUUGGGCUUCUUUACUUUGAACAGGGAAUAUAUGAUAAAGCUUUUAUGUAUUUCGAUUGUUCCAAAGACUUUGAUCUCCAGUCUUUAUAUCAAACAAGUGUAAUGUUGUAUGAUGGGCUUGGCUGCACACAAGAUACAUGCAAGGCAGUGGAAUAUAUGAUGCAUUUGUCCCAAGUCUCCUCACACCAUGCAAAUCAUCUUCUGCCUGCAGUUUGUUUCAACAUCGGCCGUGCCUAUUUUCAGGGAUUUGGUAUAAAAAGGCAGUCUGACAGUGAAGCUGAAAAGUGGUGGCUAAUGGCAGCUGAUGAUGGUAAUCCCAAAGCCAGUAUCAAGGCACAAAGUGCCCUGGGGCUGUUCUACUCUCGAGACAGUGAAUACCGUGACUUGAAAAAAGCCUUUUUUUGGCAUUCAGAGGCUUGUGGCAAUGGAAGUUUAGAAUCUCAAGGAGCUCUGGGUGUGAUGUAUAUGUAUGGUAUUGGAUUGAAGAAAGACAUGGAUGCAGCCUAUAUUUGUUUGAAGGAUGCUUCAGACAGGGGCAAUGUCUAUGCUAUGGGAAACCUAGUCUCUUAUUACUAUCGCCUGAAGCUCUACACAAAAGCAGCAGAUCUGGCCAGCAAGGUUGCUGUGCUGAAUGAUGUACAGUUGCUUGCACAGGAAACAGACUGUUUACCAGGCUACAUUAGAAAAGGGAUCAGCAUAGCAUGCUUCUUCUUUGCCCGGUGUUUGUCAGAAGGUCUAGGCAUCAAACAGGACAAAGCCCAUGCAAAGGAAUUCUAUUCAAGGAGCUUUUUCUUUGACGCUGAUGUCUGCGCCAAGCUUCAGAACAACACGCAGCAUGGAAUCAUCUAGAGCGAGUCAGGACAACGAGGAACGAGGCGAUGGUCGCGCCUAACGGAUUGGUCGUGAUCGUAGAAAUAUUGUUUUUGAGAGAUAAAUGUGCUGAAUUGCACAGAAUACUUCUUCUCAUCGUGGCAGAAAAUCCCUUGAGCAGAACUCCAGAAGCAUGUAUGUAUGUGUGUGUGUGUGCGCGCAUGGGAAAGAGAACAUCUCAGAAACUGAAACAGAACUUUUCAUGCCACUAGAUACUUGGUUUAAAUGUGAGAGGAACAAAGACCUCAGUAACGGUUAUAGUAUCAAACUAUAUAGUUUGAGUAUGUAUUCUUAUACUUCGUAUACUUUUAUAAGUAAUCAUUAAAGCAUAAUAUAUAUUCAGCUUUUUUACGUAUUUUAUUUCGUUUUUAUUUUAUGAAAAUUGCCAACAACCUUCUGAUAAGAAUGAUUUCCUUUCCUUCAUCGACCUUCUUGUCCUUACAAAAGCUUAUACAUUCGAUUACUUUUAAAAGCGUUCAUCUAAUCUGAAACCACAAACUGGAUAUCCUUCUCGUGUAGUGCGUGAUAAGCCAGGGACAUAAUAAAGUAUGUGAUUGAAAAUGUGUUCUCCCAGCGAUAAAGCACAUG